GUCUGUCAGUACCGUUCAUCCCUCUACUCCGAAGUGGACAGCCAUUUCCGAAUGAUCCACGAGGACACUCGGCACCUGCUCUGCCCUUACUGUCUCAAGGUCUUUAAGAAUGGCAAUGCCUUCCAGCAGCAUUUCAUGAGGCAUCAGAAGAAGAGCGUUUAUCACUGCAACAAGUGCAGGCUGCAGUUCCUAUUUGCCAAGGACAAAAUCGAACACAAGCUGCAGCACCACAAAACGUUCCGAAAGCCCAAGCAGCUAGAAGGGUUGAAACCUGGAACCAAGGUUACAAUCAGGGCGUCGAGGGGACAGCCACGGUCAGUGCCACUAUCCAACGACAUGGCCCAGGGCACGGGGCAGGAGGCUGCUCCGCUGGCGUCUUCGACAGAUCCCCAGCCCAUCUUCCUGUACCCACCCGUGCAGAGGAACGUGCAGAAGAGAGCGGUCAAGAAAAUGAGCGUCCUGGGGAGGCAGACCUGCCUGGAGUGCAGCUUCGAAAUUCCCGACUUCCCAAACCACUUUCCCACCUACGUCCACUGCUCGCUGUGUCGUUACAGCACUUGCUGCUCCAGAGCCUACGCCAACCACAUGAUCAACAAUCAUGUUCCUCGGAAGAGUCCUAAAUACUUGGCUUUGUUUAAAAACUAUACUGCCUGCGGUGUGAAGCUGUCCUGCUCCUCCUGCCUCUUUGUGACAUCGGAAGGUGACGCAAUGGCAAAACACCUGGUCUUCAAUCCGUCGCAUGAGUUUAGUAACAUUAUUUUCCGAGGGCCUACUUGGAUUUCACAUUCCAGGCACGCCCAGCCCCAGGACAAAAGCACCAGGAACCCCUGUCCCACCUUCUCCCCCAGCAAAGCUGCUACGGCCAAGACCAAGUCCACGUUGGCUGCCAAGGACGACCCGGAGCCCGAGGUGGCUCCGGCUGCCUCCGCCGGGCCGCUGGCCUGCCCGGAGGAGGAGGAGGGCUUGGAUAUCGCCGCCCCGGAGGACGAGCAGGGCCGGGAGGGGGGGCAGCGGCUGCCUGUGAACGAGGAGACUCUGUUCCAGAAAGCGACCAAGAUCGGGCGCUCCCUCGACGGCGGCUUCAAGAUCUCCUACGAGUGGGCGGUGAGGUUCAUGCUGCGGCACCACCUGAGCACGCACGCGCGCCGCGCCGUGGCGCACCCGCUGCCCAAGGGCGUCGAGGAGAGCGCCGGCUGCUUCAUCGAGUUCGUGCAGCGGCAGAUCCACACCCAGGACCUGCCCCUCUCCAUGAUCGCGGCCAUCGACGAGAUCUCCCUCUUCCUGGACGUGGAGGUGCUGUGCAGCGACGACCGCAAGGAGAACGCGCUGCAGACGGUGGGCACGGGCGAGCCCUGGUGCGACGUGGUGCUCACCAUCCUCGCCGACGGCAGCGUCCUCCCCACGCUCGUCUUCUACAGGGGCCGCGUGCAGCAGCCUGCCAACGUGCCGGAAUCCAUCGUGUUGGAAGCCAAGGAAAGCGGCUACAGCGACGACGAAAUCAUGGAGCUGUGGUCGUCCCGCGUGUGGCAGAAGCACACGGAGUGUCAGAACAGCAAGGGCAUGUUAGUGCUGGAUUGCCACCGAACGCACCUCUCGGAGGAGGUUCUGGCUUUGCUGAGCGCGGCCAGCACGCUGCCAGCCGUGGUCCCCGCCGGCUGCAGCUCCAAAAUCCAACCCCUGGAUGUUUGUAUAAAGCGGACUGUGAAAAACUUCUUGCACAAAAAGUGGAAAGAGCAAGCCAAGGAGAUGGCGGACUCCACGUGCGACUCGGACAUCCUCCUGCAGCUGGUCCUGUGCUGGCUGGCCGAGGUGCUGGAGGUCAUUGGUGAGUGCCCGGAGCUGGUGCAGCAGUCCUUCCUGGUGGCCAGCGUGCUGCCCGGGCCGGACGGCACGGCCAACUCGCCCGCGCGCAACGCGGACAUGCAGGAGGAGCUGGUGGCCUCCCUGGAGGAGCAGCUGAAGCUGAGCGAGGAGCCGGCGGCGCCGCGGGGCCGCAGCCCGGCCGAGCCGCCCGCCGACCCCGACGUCCUGCAGCAGCUCUUCGAAGGGGAGAGCGAGACUGAGUCCUUCUACGGCUUCGAAGACGCCGACUUGGAUCUGAUGGAAAUCUGAGCACUGACCUGCAAUUCGGGAUCCGGAAAGGGUUAUUUUUUAAAUAAAUGUUGGAUGAGACCAUUACACUUCCCUGUGGAUUUGUGGGUUUAGGAAAUUCGUAGGCGAUCACUCAGAUAAAUAGCCAUUUAUGCUGUUCAUUUAUAAGUUUUGUGCUUUUUUAAAAGAAAUCACUGUGUUGGUAUUUUCUGAAAAUAUAUUGUGGGUGAAUAUUUUUGCGUUUUCUUUACCUCACUGUAUCAUAGUUUUCUGUUUUUAUUGUGCAGAAAUGUUUUGAAUUAUACAUUGUCAAUGUGACCAUUUCUACAGAAAGGAAAAAAAAAUAUGUAGCUAAUGAACCAGUAUAUAAAUCUCUUUGGUUGUCUUAACACAGGUAAUUGUUAUUUUUUUUUAAACACUUGACCCAGGGAUUUUGGUUUCUGUGGUAAAUUUAGAUACAAAUUACUGCUUAAUGUGUGAACCUUCUAUAAUUGGCCAUUGCUUUUUUUUUCUGUUUCUUUUUUUUU